AGACAGAAGUUUAGUAAUUGGAAAGCACCCAAAGCGAUUGCAGCUAUGUCCAGUGGUGUGCAGUGUUUUGUGAUCUCAAAGAAACAAGUGAAAGUUUGGUUCUGCAAAAGAAAUUCAUUUGCCGGCUACUGUGUCGGUUAUUAUUGGGCCUGACAGGAAGUACAAAGCAUACAAAGCUACUGCGACGAUUUUGUACAAAAUGAGCGAACCGAAACAACAGCCGAGCGACAUGGAGGUUGACGACAAUAAUGCUGUCUCGACAGAUGCUCCAAUGGAGGUUACACAAGCUCAAAACGAACGAGGUCCUUCUACUUCUACUUCUACUUCUACUUCUACUUCUAUUGGUUCCGGUUCUAAUGCCAUUCGUGUUAUGGCCUCAUCCGGUACUGUGGGCUCUGUAUCUAUCAGCCUUCAUCCACUUGUCAUUAUGAACGUUAGUGAACACUGGACUAGACUAAGGGCCCAGGAAGGUUCCGAUCAGCUAGUGUACGGUGCAUUAAUUGGUAAACAGAAGGGACGUAAUAUUGAAAUCAUGAAUUCCUUUGAACUUCUGUUUACUUGCAUUGGGGAUGACGUUAUUAUUGAUAGAGACUAUUAUAAUACCAAGGAAGAACAGUUUAAACAAGUAUUUAGUGACAUGGAUUUUUUGGGUUGGUACACUACUGGUGAUAUGCCAAACGAGAGGGAUAUCAGAGUGCACAAGCAACUUUGUGAAAUUAAUGAAUGUCCUGUAUUAUUAAAGUUAAACCCAAGGUCUAAAAACUCUGAUCAAUUGCCUGUUUCCAUGUAUGAAUCGGUGAUUGAUUUAGUGGGAGGACAAGCAACAAUGUUAUUUGUACCUUUAACAUAUACAUUAGCUACUGAAGAAGCUGAAAGAAUUGGAGUAGAUCAUGUAGCACGAAUGUGCAGUAACGACCAGGUUGAAAGUUCCCUAGUAGCUGAACAUUUAAUGGCACAGCAUAGUGCUAUUAAAAUGUUACACUCUCGAGUGAAGUUGGUAUUGAGAUAUGUACAGGCUGUACAAAGUGGAGAACUUAAAGGAAAUCAUGAAGUCUUAAGGGCUGCAUGUUCUCUGGGACACCGCUUGCCUGUAAUGAACAGCCCAAAGUUCAGAGCCGAUUUCUAUAACCAAUGCAACGAUUUUGGCCUCAUGACGUACCUUGGAAUAAUAACAAAAGGCUGUAAUGAUAUUAAUCAGUUUGUUAACAAAUUUAAUAUUUUGUACGACAGGCAAGGCAUGGGUCGGCGUAUGCGUAAUUUAUUCUUCUGAUAAGUGAAUCGGUUCUAUUUUGUACUUGUCACACUGUAAAUUUCGUACUAAUUAUAAAUGAGUUCAGGAUCACGGAAUGCCAAAUAGUCAAUCCCCCAUGGUGAGUAAGAGGACAAUGAAAUAUUCAGAAUAAAUGACAGCGAGAUUUGCGAAAAUAAAAGGAAGCAUUUCUUGUAAUUAGAUUGAAGAUUUGUGCGAUAGAGUCGACAGACGAAUGCCAAAGAUAAUAAUCUAUCAGGCACUGAAUUUCCUUUGCUAAUCAACGCAAAGUUGGUGUUAGUCCAGCCGCAGCUGCUCAUAAGCAGUGCAAUUAAUAAUAUAUAAAAACUCUAUUAACAUGUGAUAUCAAUAAAUGCUGUGAUGCGUA